AUGGCUUUCGGAAGGACGUUCGCAAUGGCUUCCUUGCUUAUUUCACCUAUUUACGCAUAUGCGACACUUCUUAGCGUUCUCGAAGGUUUUGCCCCAAAGUUGAACAUCCCUAAUUAUGAGCAGUACGAAAUUCAUCGGGCACUCGCUACGCUGUCUCAACAAUGGAAUGAUGCUCAUGAUGCUUUUCAAAGUGGCGAGAGUCAGUUCCUCUCUGUCUGUCGGCACGUUUUAUGUAAUCCACACCUGGUCACUGUAGGAACUCUUUCUACGGAAGCGCUGAUUCUAGCUUGGAAUUCAAACACUGCCUCCACCUGGACAACAAAAGAACUUUCCGACUGGCUGACAACUUUUCCCGACCUCAUCAAGCAUCGGCGCCUUUUUAUCGAUCACGAAGUCACUGGGGCUUUUCUACCCAGUUUCCUUCUUCCUGAACAUACACAUGUCAUCAAGAAUCACUUGACACCCGAAGACUUUCUUGCGAUCGAAAGCCGAAUCAUGGCACUGAUAUUUUAUGGCCCGCCAACCGGCGUCUCAUUGUUUCAUGUUAUCUUGUUGCCUGCCGCGACCAUCUCUGCCAUACUGUUCACAUUAUGCCUGAUGCUGCUAUUUUAUCGAUCAUCUCGACGGGCUCACUGCAAGCGACUCGAAUUGAUGAAGCAAUACGGGGACCGAUGGUCUGAUUUGCAGUUAAAGAUCUCAUCCUUGGAGGAAGAAAUGCCCAUUAUCAGCUUGCGGCCAUCCUCGUCGAAAAAACGUAACGCCUUAAAUGAUUCAUCGAACAAUCGGCGUUCCAGUUCAGUUUCGGAGGCUAGUCGAAGUGCAGCCAAAGUUAUGCAACAACUUCUUAAUAUGACAAUUUCAACAGAACAAGCGUAUCUUCUGGAUGCUUUGGAACGUACAAAAGAUCAACUAGAUUCUGUCAAACGGCAGGUCAGCGAUCGCCGAUUUCGAACCUUGUUCGUCGCGAACCGGCCGGAACUCUCAUUGGAAGUUGACCGUUGCGAUGGAUCUCUGCGCAAACUUGAUAGCUUUCUAUCCGAACUCACGCAGCGGUGGAAUUACAUGCGUGAAGCUAUGGACAUACUAACCACUCUGAACGAUUGUCAUUGGCAAGUCGAGAGUUCUUAUCGAGCGGAUGUGUCCAUAGCCGUGGAAACAGAUCCAGUCGGUCAAAGCCGCCUCCAGGAUGAAUCCAUGCAGUUCAGUGAGAGUCCCGAUUGCUCCAAGUCCGCGGUGUUUGAAACAUCAAUUUUGAACUGUCUUCCCGAAGAGACGUCAUCCACACCUAGUCCGACCAUUCAGGACUCACCCGAAUUUGAAGAAAUAAAGGAUUUGAAAUGUGUGUGUCCCUCUUCUGUGCAAUUCUUUGUCGCCAGCAGCUUCGCCGACGAAAAUCUACCAACUGACUGCACGGAUGUCCCGGGCUGUGAUGGAACAGAAACAAAAAUUCCAAAACCCAGCCGUAUUCCUAGUCACACAUUGACUCCUUCAUUCCACCUGAUGAAUCCACCGGCGAGCAAAUUGGUUACUGGGUUAACAACGCCCAGUCACAUCCCGAUCGGUUCUAUGAAGCAGCUCACCGGUAGCAGUCUGAAACCGAAUAUUUCACGCAAUCUACCUGGCCCGAUUCAAUCUUUGCCACCUCCACAAGCUGUUGGGUCACGCCCGUCAACCGAGUGGCAAUCGCUUCGCACGCCUGGCUUCAUGAGCGGUAGCAAAACUCAACCAGACGUUGACAGCAUAGAUCAGUCUUCAUAAUGUCAUCUUUCUUGAUGUCGAAUUGUUUUCCGUUUGUCUACCGACCGACUGUUUGUAGCUUGUCGUGCGAAGUUAUAUGAGAUUGUGUUCUAGACUUAUAUCGCUCAUUCUG